AUGGUCGACCGAGGAGUAAAAGUCCUAAUCGAAUGCGAAGACAUGGGGAAAGUAAGUUGUAUCAACGUGUAAACUAUAGUUGUUACGCUGAGACGAGUGCUUUAUUGUCAUGUUAUGGGUGUGUGAAAAAAAAUUUUUUUUUGUUUUAUUAAAAUGUUUUAGUAUGAGGAUGAUGUACAUGUAUAUGUUAGGCAAAGAGGUUUUACGGGGCAUAUUCUUGGUUUCUCUAGGCAUUAUUAGUAGUUCUAAGCUGAAAUAAGUAGUAAAAUCACUGUAGAAUGAAAAAACUACGUAGUCAUUUUUUUGAAAUUUAAAAUUUUUUGCAUUUAGGCUGAAAAUAUGUACUGUAUGGUUAAGUUUUUUCAAUUUACACAGUAAAAACCUACUUACUGAGUAAAAAAUUGUCUCUUAUAAUAUACGUUUGGUUUGUUUAUCUAAAAAGCAUCAUAAACCAGUAUGAACACCCUCGUGUACAUGUAUAAAUAAUUACCAUGUCAUUAGCAACCUGUCAUUACAAGCUGUACAAGCUUUGGCAUUUUCCUCGCUUGUUUUAGCUUGUUUGUAAGCUUACUCAACUAAUUUUAAAAUGGUCUUACUUUAAAAAUUGGUAAGGGAAGGGUAAAAAAAGGUAGGCUCCAGAAAGGUUAGGCUUACUAAUAACGCAGGUAGAUCUGUACGGCAAGUAUAACAAGCGCAGUCAAACUUGAGUACGGUUAAGACAGACUACAGCUUAGGUUAAGAAUAGGGUAAGUUAGAGCUAGGCUAUGACUAAAACUAGGCUCAGGUUCACGCUCAGGCUCAAGCUCGGGUUCAGGCACAGGCUCAGUCUCAAGCUCAGGCUCAGGCUCAGGCUCAGGCCCAGCUUCACGCUCAAGCUCAAGCUCGGAUUCAGGCACAGGCUCAGGCUCAGGCUCAGGCUCAGGCUCAGGCUCAGGCUCAGGCUCAGGCUCAAGCUCAGACUCAGGCUCAAGCUAAGGCUCAGGCUCAGGUUCACCUUCAGGCUCCAGCUCCGGCUCGGGCUCGUGCUGUGACUCCAGGUUAG